UAUAUAAAAAUGUUAAAAAGGAUAUAUUAAUUGAUAAAAAUGAGUCAUUAGGGUUAGUUUUAUUUUAUGAAACAGAAUCUACUAAGGAUAUUUGUAUUCCUGAUAUUUUAAAAGUUAUUUUUGUACAACGUACAGAAAAUUUAUGCUUUAUUGAAAAAAAUGAAGAAGUAAAGUUGUUUUCUAUUGGAUCAAUGCAACUUUUAACAAGAACUCUGAAAUUUCCACCUAAUAUAGUAAAUGUGUUGAGUUCUCCAGAUGGCACAUGUGUUAUAGCAUUUACGAAUGAUGGAUUCUUAAAUAGCAAAGCAUAUAUUUACUUUUUACCCUUCUCUGAAGAAUCACAAAAAGGCGUUGAAGAAUUAAAGUUUUGUCAUUUAUCAUAUAUUAUUGACAAACAGAUCCACUUAUGCUAUAUUGAUUUAAACAAAUCAUGCUUUAAAUCUUUUUUAACUAAAAUUUCUGUUAAUAGAAUAGAACUUCAAUUUCAAAGAGUUACUAAAUUAUCACUUGGAUUUGCUAAACCUAAACCAUUAGAAAGCCUUAAUAAUUAUUCGGAAAUAACUGGAAAAGAAACGAAUUUCCAGUCUGAUUUUGAAGUCGGGGAUUGUAUUACUAUUGAGAAUGAAAAUAAGCUUGUUACUGAAAUUAUUUCGAACAAUUGCUUAAAAAUUGAAGUUUCCAAUCAGCCCAUGAUUGAUGACGGAACCAACAAAGCACCACAAUUAUCUAUAUUUUUGGAACGUGAACUGGCUCUAGAUUAUAAAAAAAAUUUUGAAGAUUAUAUUAAUAAUAUGUUAGAAAGAGUGAAGAUAUCUACUCGGAAACCUGCUGAUUUAUUAAAUCAAUUUAAAACUUAUGACAAACCUUAUCAAGAUUUAUUUGAUGAUUCUGUUAUUAGACAACAAUAUGCAUCUAAAAUUCAGCUUGGUGAAUGGAUAAUUCAACUUUGUUGUUUAAUACCGAUUCAAAUAACAAUUGCUAAAGAAAACAAAUUAGUUCCACUUUAUAAUGGACUUGAUGUACCUGAGAACUAUAAUAUAAAAUAUGAUAAAGAUAAAGAAGAUUGUACAGAUUUAAUAAGUCGUAAAAUAUCAUUUGGGUGGUAUGAAGGAAUUUUUAAAUAUUUAGGAGAUCGAAAGGUCAAAGUAAUAUCCUCAAUGGGCGAACAAAGCUGUGGAAAGUCAUAUUUGAUAAAUCAUCUUGCAGGAACAAACUUUGAUGGCUCAGCAAUGCGAUGUACAGAAGGCGCGUGGAUGUCAUUAACUAUCAAAAAAGAAGUUGUUUAUGUAACAUUGGAUUUUGAAGGAAUAGGAUCUUCAGAACGUCAUCAACAAGAAGAUCUUCUUUUGACCCUACUGAAUGCAAGUUUAAGCAAUAUGAUACUUUUCAAAAAUCAAUUUGUAAUCAACCGACAUAUGUCAUCAACUUUUCAAAGCUUUCAAAAUGGUGCCAAUCGACUUAAGAAUGAUUAUAAAAUCUUCAAAGCACGGUUGUGUAUGAUAAUUAAAGAUGUACCCAAGCACGCACGGAAAGAAAUUAAAAAAGAAUUUGAACAAAAAUUCCAAAAAAUAGUUGCUAAG